AUGGCGACAGACUAUCAAAAAUUGAAUAAUGACACUCAAGCAUUGCAAAAAGCUAUUCGUCCUGCAUUUCAAGAAGUCGACAAAAACAACCUCGGAUUCAUAGAUGAUCAAACAGUAACCCAAGCCGUCACAAAAGCAUCACAAAUUUUAAAGAUCUCUCCUCCUUCUAAAGAUCAAAUAAGAAUUGCACUUCCAAAUAAUAGAACCCGUAAAGGAAAAAUUAAUUUUGACGAAUUCACCGGACUAAUAAAACAAUUUCUACCAAAAAUUGGAAAUUCAGAGGAAGCAAAAAUAGCUCCUCAACAAUUAAAGCAAGAAGAAAUAAAAAAUCCAAUUCCUGAAACUGCUUUAGAAAAUGAAAACACCAUAAAAAAUGCAGUAAAUAUAAUAGAAGACCCAAGAAAUUCAGCUGAAUAUCAAGCCAUUGAAAGUAUACGUAGACUUAUUGCUAAUGAUCAAUUAUUAGCAAGCACCGUUCGAGGAUCCUUCAUUGAAAUUGAUACAAAAAAUACUGGAUUUAUUAAUGAAAAAGACUUAAACGGAGCAGUGAUAAAGGCUACUAAUAAUUUAAGCUGCAGUUCUCUAAAACAGGAUCAAAUAGGCCAAAUUGUAAAAAGUAUGAGCAGGUCUGCAAACGGAAAGGUCUCUUUUCAAGAGUUUACAAAUAUUUUAAAAGCAGUUCUAAGAAAUAAUAUAGAAGAGUUUGAGAAAAAUCAGUCUAUGAAUGAAUUAAGAGUAGUUAGCGGGCCUAGAGAAACAAGAAGAGAGCUAUUUGAAAAAUAUUUAGACGAUAGUGGCAUUUCCAUAGCCUUCCAAAUCAUUUAUUCAGAAAUAAUCGCCAAAAAUAUCGACCCAAUGCAUGUCUUUUCAUAUUCUGCUAUGAGAUUGAGAGAGCUAGGUAGAGAGCUUGAAAACGUUCUCCCAAGAAAUUUUACUUAA